UAAUUCUGAAAAUUUUGCCAUACGAACCGAACUUCUGCGUGCGAUCGACUGUUGCUUAGGUUAUUGAUUUCCGUGUUGUGGUAUAUGUUUAAUAAAAAUUCAUAUCUCCCUCACACAAUAUUUGAUGAUUUCCUAAAUGGAAUUAAAUACUUAGUAAAAGUAUGGCAGAUGCUGAUCCACAAUUGAAACGUCUUUUACUUCCUGCCGAAGAAACAUUUUUUGAACAAUUAUUAAGAAUUGGACUUUAUCUAGGAGCAAUAUUUCAAGUUGUAUGUAUAUUAGCUAUAGUUAUAUACCGAGCAGGUCCAUCUGAUGGAGGUACUGCAUUGAAGGAUGAUCCAAGUGAUGUCGAAUGUUCAGAAAACAGUCCACAAGUUACUCCAAGAAAACCUCAUCGGCCACGAAAGCAAGAAAAAAAAAAGAGACGUUAGAACUAUGAAAAAAGAAUAUCCUAUUCGCUUUCUAUAUGUAAAUAUGGAAUUCAAGUCUGUUAAAUGUUCAAUAUAAAUAAUUUGAUAUUCCUAAGAACUCUUUUUAAUACUUAAUUCUUAUAUAGUUGACAAAUGAUAUUAAUCUUCCACAUAAGUAUUUCAGAAAUUGUAUAAAUAAUUUUAGAUACUCUAAGUUGAUAAUUUUUUCAGAAGCAUAAUUGUAAUAAAAAUUUAAUAAAACAUGGAGACUGAUAGAGUA